CACUUGGAACAGUCCAUUCUCCAACUACAUCACUUGAGCUCAUCAACUUGUCACUUAAAGUACAUGCCUUUUGCAAAAUACUGAGGCACUUCACUGUAACCAUUGUGAACAACACGCCACUCCAUUGACUCUUGAGUUGUACUUCUUCCUAAAUUACUGAAAUUGUUAAACACCUUGGAAUUUUAUAAUGGCAGUGACUAUUGUGAUGGCAGUACAACUGAUGGUUUUAGGGUAUGUAGCUGUGGUUACAUUUGCCCAGCCCAUAUGGAGAAUGGAACCACCAGACGUUAUUGCCCUAGAAGGAGAUACUGUCAUGUUAACCUGCAUUGUGGGGAAUCGAACCAGCAUCACCCGGUCCGAUCAGAAACUCUUCUGGUACCACUCGGAGCACAACCAGCGCAUCAGUCGCAACAUGAACAUCCUGGUGGAAACGGAAGGCUCGCAGUAUACCGUUCAUUACGACCGCAUACUUGGUAUUUAUACCCUGGUCAUCGCAAACGUGGAUCUGUUCCAUGGGGGAACCUAUCAGUGUAUUUACCGGGAUCCUAAGACCGGCGCUGAGCACCACUCUCCAAAUUCCAUGCUGACUGUGUUGGUGCCGCCGGACGGCGGUUACGAACUCUGCAGAGUCUAUCCAAAGUCUAAGAUCAUUCUGUCUCCCACGGGGACACGAGUCUUAUCCUGUACGUCCCCAUUUCCGCUCGAGAGCAGCGAUCAGGUUUUGCAGAUUCAGCAAAACCAGGCUGUGUACCACAACUGGCAGGCUGAGAAUGCCAUGACCCUGCAUGGGUUCUUCCUCCAGAACCGGACCACGUUGCUGUCAGAAUCAGGACUCCUUAACGGGAAUCCAUUAUCUGUCAAGUAUUGUGCAGUCAACAGCCUCGUUGUGAGCUUGUUCCCAGAGUCCUGCCAUCUUGUGCCCAUCAAGGAGAAAAUGUCCGCUGUCAUCGACCCACCAAGAUUAGUCGCAAAGGCCGGAGAUGACAUAUCUUUGAGAUGCUCCCACGACACCGAGGCAACUAUCGUCGAUUAUUCCUGGGAGUUUAAAAGCAAUUUCCCCUUCAGCGGAUUCCAUUUGCGAGACAAAGGACAAAUCAUCUCGAUCAAGAACAUCGGAUACACUAACGGACCAGUCAAGAUUUUGUGCCACAUCACCACAGAGCUUGGCUUGCAAGCGACAGCAGCUGCCAACAUCUCGGUCAUUUUGGACGACCUCCCAACCACUCCAGGAGAACCCAUGAACCACCUGAUUGGAAACAACGAAGAAGACAAGCUGGUACAAACCGGUAACAAACCAGACGUCAAGGAAGCAGACCCAGACAGCAGCUUACUCAAGAACAUCAGUCUCCUUGUGGGACCGAGCUUGGGCGUUAUCUUUCUCUUCAUCUUUGCCAUAUUUCUUGCCUACUGCCUUGUCAAGUGGAAGAAGAAGGAGAAGCCGGAAUCAAAGCCAACUCAUCUGUCCCAAGAAGCUCACGCCGCUCUCUCUUUGACCACUGUCAAUCAGAACAAUAGUAAAGCCUUCUCAAAGCGUCACUAUUCCGACUCAGCUGCAUGCAGAGUAAGUCAUGUCGGCGAAGAGUAUGAAAACAUUGAAGCCUACGCCGAUAAACUCGCUGAGUUCUCACGUGGAACCAGUUCCUUUCAAUUGAACUCCGUCCGUCCGAUGGAGGCCAAUAUCAAAUUCAAGAUCGAGCUGCCGCAGUCUUUAAGCACCAGCAUGCCAGCACUCAACAUGCAUGGGAUUUCCUCCAUAAAAAAUACAGACUGUUCUUUGGACAGAGAAAUGACAUCCGGGUUUUCCGCGCCGGCAAAGCACGGACGCACAAGCAGCACUGUAGAGAAGAAGAGCAAAUCUUUCAACAGCAGAGAUGCAAAGAAAGAGGAUUGCUACAUGCCACUGAGCAAAGUCAUGAUGGACAUGAAUAAAGCUGGGAAAGUUGGGACUUGCUACUGAUAAAAUACAUUAAUUGACAGAUAAAGUACCAGUAACUUUCAUGGUAUGUACAUGCACAUGUAUCUAUGUUAGGGCCAAUGUUUUGCCAUUUCAGAAAAAUGUAAAUUCCAUUUUCAAAAAUCCUAAAUUCCGUUUCAGGCUGAAAAAUUCUGUUUCACAUUUUUUUCAAUACAUAUUAUACUGUAGUGCAUUUAAACAAACACCAUGCACACUUUGACGAUAAUGAAAUAGUCAUUUGGUUGGAACAGGGAAAAAUUGCCAAAAAAAGAUUGCUAUUUUAUCAACGGUCGAUCAAUUUACAGACGUAGUAUUUAACUUCACCACAGUCAAGUCAUUAAUACUGCACCGCCACCACCACACAAGUUAGAAACAUGCGAUAGCCGCAUACACCAUGACCAAACCAUUGGCCCUACUAUAUAUGUGCAUGUAGAUCUAUAUUCCUACAUUUGUUCUACCAGUAUACAUAUGUAGAUCAAUACGGAUGUAAUUAUUUAAAUGAUGGAAAAAGUAGAUUCUUUGUUGUGUAAACAGUCAUGCAGUAUGCAUGAAAUCAAAAUCAUCAUCUGUAUAGUGUAAACAAUCAAUUUGCUUGUCUAGAUUUGCCAUUUCCUUUUGAUGUGAGUUAAGUGUAGAAUUAGAGUUAGCAGGUA